CUCUAGUGAGCGCCGCGGCUGGCGGUGUAUGAGAGAGGAGCUGGUGUAGGUUCCGCCAGCAUCAGCACCAGGCUCCCAAACAUGGCAGAGGAUGCGGAUUAUGUGCGGCGCAGGAGGAACACACAUGAUGCCUUCGAUUUCCCACGUGACUUUGAACCUAGGACUGAUGGUCACCAUCGGAGGGGAUCCCUGUGUGACAGACACUGUACAAUAAAUAUUCAGACUGAUUUAGUGGACACACACUCAGGAUCACACCAGCAUAGUCUGCUCACACCCAGACUGUUACCAGUCCUGACAUCUCUAGGUGCUUCCUCCACGCCGUGUUGUCCUCACCACUCUGAGGAGGUUCAGAACUGUGACAGCUGCUUGGUCAAAACUACAAUCACUGCGGAAAAUGAAGUGGAAGCUCUUAAACUGUCCAACAACUAUAAGUUUGGCUUUAAAAAGUGGAAGAGUCAUGUAACGGAGAGGCCGUGGGAAGAUCGCUCUGAGAUUGUGAAGGAGCUGUACUCUGACCUGAACACGGUGAAGAGCUCUAGCGAAUCUCUGAUAUCAUUUGGAAAUGUUCUUUAUGUUCUCCUGUUUGGCUGGUGGGUCACCAUCUUUUAUCUUCUUGUGUCUAUCAUGAUGUUCUUGACUAUAGUGGGAGCUCCCUACGGGGUGCUGUGCUGGAGACUCGCUGGAUAUUUUAUUUGGCCUUUUGGAAAAGUUAUUCUAAAGAGUGGGCAUGCGCACACCAGAAAGUGCUGGGUGAGGUUCUCUAAAUGUGAGGCUAUUCCAGAAGUAGAAGAGUCUGAAAAAUCACCACUUAUACAAAAAUGCGACUCACAAGCAGACUUCCAGGAUCCCACAGUCAACUACUGGUGGCGACUUAGCACUUACCUCUGGCUCCUGAUAGGAUUCCCAUUGCUUGCAAUAAUUCACGGCCUGGCUUCCUUUAUGUCCUGGAUACUUGUAUUUUUUAUACCAAUAUCCAAGAUGAAUGCCAGAACGCUUUACAAGGUGUUGUUAAUGCCUCCAGAAAAUGUGCACAUCCGCCCUUCAAGCAAGGUGGAGGUUUCAUAUGAGACUGAAAUAAUCCUGUGCUGCUAUCACGCCAUUAAUAUCUACUACUACAAAUACACUGUGGAUGGGCUCAACGUGUUUGCAGUCAACUUGAUCCUAUUGGUCAUUGUGUCCCUGGUCUUGGGUUAUGUUGACAGCCACAACAAUUACACCAGUUCGCCAGUCAAAUUUACCCUCUCCCUCCUGUCCAUAAUGCCCUUGUCCUACUACAUCGGGAUGGCAAUAGCAAGCAUAUCAGCACAAAGUAAUUUUGCAGUUGGUGCAGUGGUGAAUGCGACCUUUGGCUCGAUCAUUGAGCUGACCUUCUAUAUCACGGCUCUGAUAAAGGGUGCAAGGGAGAAUGACAAGUGCUAUGAAGAAGUGGUGAAGUCAGCCCUGACCGGCACAUUGUUGGGGUGUGUCCUCUUCGUUCCCGGACUCUGCAUGGUUAUUGGGGGUAUCAAACAUCAAGAGCAAAGGUUUAACAGCAGGUCAGCUGGGGUCGGCUCAGCUCUGCUCUUCAUCUCUGUUGGAGGUGUCUUUGCUCCAACUCUCUUCUCCAAAGUCUAUGGGAAGAUGGUCUGUGCUCAGUGCCUAAAUAUUGCCCAGAAUGGAUCGGAGAAAUUCAUCUGCCAUAACUGUGAGAACGAAAUAAUGGGAGCAAACAGCACGGCUUUCUACAGCGAGGUGCAGCCGUUGGUGUACACUGUAUCCAUACUGCUGCCUGUUGCGUACAUUAUAGGACUCAUCUUUACCUUGAAAACACAUUCACAUAUUUAUGACAUUCACAUCAGCGACUGCCAUGUACCUGGUCACCAUCACAGUGCAGUGGUGCACUGGUCUCGCUGGCGAGCAAUGGUAAUACUGAUUGUCUCUACAUUACUAAUGUCAGCAUGUGCAGACCUUGCCACAGAACACAUCAGUCCAAUUCUAAAAGGUGCCACAGUGUCGCAGUACUUUAUUGGGGUGACUGUCCUGGCCAUGAUCCCUGAGCUUCCGGAGAUUGUGAAUGGAAUCCAGUUUGCUCUUCUGAACAAUCUGAGUUUAAGUAUAGAGAUUGGGAGCUGCAUCGCCGUGCAGGUCUGCAUGCUGCAAAUACCUAUCCUGGUCUUGUUUUCAAUAUUCUAUCCAUCAGGAUUCACAUUAAUAUUCAGUGAUCUGCACCUGUGGGCCUGCAUGUUCAGUGUGAUCUUAAUGAACUAUAUCUUCAUGGAUGGGAAGUGUGAUUACUUCCAAGGCACUGUGCUGGUGAUAGUAUACUUCAUUCUGCUUGCUAUGUAUUUCUUUGCACCCUCUCCUGCUGGAUGCUGAUUGACACUCUUUGAAGAAGAGCGGAAUGUUGGAGACACUGGACUGCACUUUUUGGUGCUGAAACGUCACCACCUGUUACAUGAAUCUGCAGAUGUAUGUGUACUUCAGUAUCCCCUUUACAUGUCCCUGGGUGUAAUUCUACAGACCAGCAAAGGUCUCAAACUGAUUUAUUAAACAUCCAUGGAAAGACAUUUUUCUACAAUACAGAAGAGCAGCUGAAGAAGCAAUGUCUUAUUUCCACUGCCACUCUCUUUCCUACAAACUCGGCAAAGGAGUAAUUCCCAGCAUUCCAUUCUCUGAAUAUAUUGUUUAGGGCAAAUCCCAUAUCUGUGUCAUUAGAAAUAUAUGUAAACUGUGUAACCAUGGAUGAAAGCUGGAAAAAGGAAGUGCUUUAAAUUGCUGAAACAUUCUAAUAUAUUUUUGACCAUUAAAAUUACGAUUUUUAAAAUUAUAAACAAAACUGACUUCCUGGUAUAUUAACCUGUAUCGUCUGAAUCACAAACGAAUGACCAAGUUCAGGAAUUUUCCCUUCUAAUAAAUGGGUAUUAACUUUUCCUUAAGUUGUUUGCACUGAUAAUUUAUCUUCACUUUAAGGUGUAAAUGGAACUCAGAUGUUCUUUUUCCUUGUUAAGAAUAUUAAAGCAUAUUUUUGUGGGAACUUUAA